AUGCUGUUGAUGAAAAAAUCAAAUGCUAAUUUUCCAAAAACCGUUGAAGGCCAAGUUUUUCAUGUUGGAAUCAAACGAGGCGAAAUGGGUGAUCUGAGCAGGGCAAAAUUACUUUCAAGAUGGUUGGAUGCGGAUACACCAAUAUUUCAGCGAGAAAGUCGCAGGGGAUUUUUGACAAUCACUGGAAAGUAUAAGGGAGUCCCUGUUAGCAUUGUUGGAAUUGGUAUGGGUUUAUCAAUGAUGGAUUUUUUUGUUCGCGAAGCCAGAGCGGUAGUAGAUGGUUCUAUGAUUAUAAUAAGAUUUGGGACAUGUGGUACUAUCGGUAAGGCUACUGCAGGUGACGUAGUCAUACCGGAAGGUUCUUUCGUGGUUACAAAAAAUUAUGAUUAUCCAAUUUUUGAAAAUAAGGAGAUAGCAGUUCAAGAUUAUGAAAUAAAGACGAAAGAACAGCCGUACAAUAUAUCAAAAGUGAUCUAUGGAGAUAAAGAGAUUCGCGGCUUGAUUCAAAAACAAUUAUUGAAUUCUGGCAUUCCCCAAAACCAAAUAUUUCAGGGUCUAAAUGCGACAUGUGAUAGUUUUUAUUCUUCGCAAGGUAGACUUGACAAAAAUUUCGUGGAUCACAAUAAAGAACUAUUCAAAUCUAUUUGUACUAAAUAUCCGGAUGCGGAAUCGUUAGAAAUGGAAACCUUUAUGCUUUUUUACUUAGCCAAAUGCAGUACAGAUGCUCCAUAUCGUUUUCAACGCAAAGCUAACAAUGAACAAAGAAAUAGUAUAAGAGCUGCUGCAACUGCGGUAGUAAUUUCGAAUCGUAAAACAAACGAAUUUGUUGAUCCGGAUAGGUUGGAUGAUUUAGUAAAGAUUGUCGGAGAAGCUGUUUUGAAAGUUUUAUUAGAAAUUGAACUAGAUGAAGUGCAUUUUGAGGACGAUGAAUGUGUGUGGAAUUCGAAAAUUUAA